AUGGACCACGAUUUGAGCACAGCAAAGACUGGCAAGGGUCAGCGCGACUAUCUUCAUUUCGAAACCCGGUCCCCAUGGACCUUGGCGAACCUACGGACAGCACAACCAUGGAAGAGGAGCGAUGUGCCUUCAGAAAAGAAACCUAGAACUCUUUCCACCGGUAAAAGUGUGGCUUUUAUUCUAGCUUUGGCAGUUGGAAUUGCCUUGAUUGUCCUAGUAUCUGUUUUUGUCAUCUUUCGAAGGCGAUAUGGUCCGCGGUAUACGGUCCGAUGUUUCGUCACUGGGAAAUGCCCCAAGACAGAUCGACGAGCUCGAUCUGCUGUGCCGGUAUCCAUCGAAUCCGGGUUCCCAUGCAGAGAAACAUGCGCCAUCCGCAACCUGACGAGCGCAAAAACGAAAUCCGGGGACAGCAAGUGCGUGACAGGGACAGAUAAUCCCCAUCGGAUGUCCACACUGAGCCAGGCACAAACAGAGACCGAUGGCGGACAUUCAGCAGUGAUCGAUUCGAACCGUCUGAGUGUGCCACCGCGGGACUCCCAUCCAGAGAAGACACAAACGGAGAACAGAGAAAUUGGGAAUACUGGACGCAGGAAACCACCACCACCCGCCUUGCAACGAUCCGAUCUCCGCGCAGCGACAGAGCAACUAAGGGCCCUCGCCCCAACAAGUCCUAACUCCAGUCGAUUUACAACGAGCACUCAGUCCUCGGGCCCGCUACCAUCCAUCUACCGUAUGGCGCUGGAAUCCCGCAGCCACAAACGCAAUAGCAGCAACAAUACAAACUGCUGGUCCUUUAACCAGGACACACGCAGCGCAGUGGAUAGUGAGGACCGUGUGCUGAGUUUACCAUCGCCAUCGCCUAUGCUUCGGAAUAUCCUCCGGCCCAGCCCUAAACCCGAGCCGUCGCCUCCGCAUGUAUAUCGAAUGAUCCAGCGACCGCCGUCGGCUCAUCAUUGUGAUACGAGAGUACAUGAGAAUGAUGUUGUUUUGCCUAUGCUUCCACGGAGCAUUUUUGCCGUGAAUGAUCUUGUUGUUAGUAAAUAA